AUGGAGCAACUUCAUUUGCAAAUUAUCAGCCCCAGCUAUACAAAACAACUUGGAGAGCAGACCCAUCUUCUUGGUUUUGACGAUGUCUUGCUGGCUGGCAUGCUUGCUGGUGAAAGCCGGGAGAGGACCUACGAAAAGCAGCCGCCUGUGAGUCAGGGUCUCCGAGGAGAAGCUCAAGUGGAGUUCAACUUCACCUUGCUUCUUUUACACGACCUAACCUUCAAGGAGGACAUCCAGGUGGAUGUGGAAGAAAGCAAUGCCUCAGUGUUUCAACAGAUGUUGUCGACACUUCACAACUCGACCCAAUGGGAAUGGGACUGGUCGAAGAUCCGAAUCUCGGUGUUUGAUGAUUUCCGAAUUGUUUACUCUGGCUCCAACUCGGACCUGUCUGUCUCGGAGGGGCGAAAGAAGGAGUGGCUUCAGCUCGUCCUGGAGUCGGCCGUUUGUCCGUCCGAAGAGCUUCUCAGUGGGCCUGCAACAGCAAAUGGCCUUGCAUGUCUGUCUGGUGAGUGUGAGAACCUCACCACUCCACAGUACUUUCUCAAGAACCUGCCUUCUGGGGACGUGGUUCCAAUCCACAGCGCUGGCAAACUCUCUGCAGGUGCCAAGAAUCACUUCUAUGUUCUUGGCAAGUGGAUAGCAAGAGCCUACAUCAUCGAUCCAAGAGUUUUUGCUCCCUUGCCUUUGCACAAUUUCAUCUAUGAGAGCUUGGUGGCAGGAAAGCCCACAGAGUGCGAGCGGCUCGUCUCGAUCUUGGGCAACCGCAGGCUGGAGGACGUGGGGCCUUAUGCUUGGAAGAGCUGCGACGCAGUCCAGGACUGCUGGGAUGCAGACACGGGGAAGUAUGUCCAAGAUGAUUGCUACGUGCCCCUUUACCGCUCUCCCGACACGUGGAAGGAACUGGACAUCAAGUGGGGUGCAGCAGCACCAAACGGUGUCGAGCCAUACGAUUCGGUUCCUUAUGAGAGAGCACGGGAAUACACUGAGCAGAACUGUCGCUACCUAUGGGAGACGGGCUUUGCCGAUCCAGUUGAAGAAAUCAUCAAGGGCUUUCGCGAGGUGAUCCCCACCGACAAGAUGUUCUGGAAGAAACUGCAAGGAGCAUCUCAUUUGAAGCAAUUGGUGGAAGGCAGCCACGAGGUGGAUGCUGAGAGCUUUCUGGCCAGGGUUGUUUGGCAAGGGCCCUGGUCAGAAGCAGACCGCCAGAUGAUGGAGGGGUCAUGGGAGAAUUGCAUCAGCAAGGGUCGGGCUUACCAAUUCAGAAGAAGCCGCUGA